AUGCAUCGGGUACCAACUACCUACAUUAGAUCGGGAAUGAGCCCUCACCUCGAGACUAUGAUGUGGAGGCCACUUGGUCUCAUUGUGGGUCACGACAAUGCUGAUAUAGAGGCGACCCGCGCCGUAAUGCGAGAGUCAUACUAUCGUAUUUUGAGUGAGGACUUGCAACGUGGAACUCCCUGGAACAGAGUCUUUCACCCGGCACGCGUGAGGCAAAUCAUACAGAGCCUCGUGGACAGGUGGUCGGCGUUUCCAGCAGCAAUUCGGGAAAAUGUCCCAGAUUCCACCGAGGCUACCUUGUAUAUGUGGGAUAUUAUCCGAUUCUACCGAUUUACUGAUCCUGAGUGGAGAACUGUUCCUCCGCAGUAUCAGUUUCUUGCAAUGCCCCGUCCAGCUAUACCCCCUCGCAAUAUGAAUCUUCCUCUUCAUCCCGCGCCUAUCCCCGCUGGUGAGAUUAUUCCUCAUCAAAAGUCUGCUCUGAAGUCUUCUCGUCGUACCGCUACUCUCCCUUAUCCUGGUCCUCCUCGUCUUGCUGAGGUUGCUUCUACCCCUCUAGGUGUUAAGGCCACGGAAGAUAUGCUUGAUGAGCUCCCUCUCCCUCCGAUUGGUCCGAUUCUAGCUUCUGUCCCUAGCCUUGCCACGCCUGAUAGGCAUACCCAGAGCAUAAGUUCGAUUGCUGGGCUUCUAGCUGAGGUUCCUGCCCCCCCUCCCCGACCUGAGGCUACUAAUACCAAUGACGAUAAUGAUGCCGCUGGGCCUGCUGACCCUGCUCUAACUGGAGCUCCUAAUCCAUCCACGGCAGCUCACAAGCGAUGUAGAGACGAGGAUGAUGAUGGCGAUGACGGCCAAGAUGAACAAUCCCAUCCUCCACCUGCAAAGAAGAUUCGGAAGGUAGGAAGUGCUAACUUUAGUCCUGCUUUGCCGAUGCCUACCUAUCAGAAUGCUGCUGAAAACUCAGGUUUAACUACUCUAGGUGGUACUAAUUCGGAUCAAGCUGAUGAUCAUGAAGUGCAGACUUCGCAGGAUGACCUAAGCAGUGACAAUAGCGAUGUCGAGAUGGAAGAUAUCGAGGCGGAAGAGGUCGAGGCGGAAGAUACCGAUAUAGAAGAUAUCGAAGCGGAAGAUGUCGAAGCGGAAGAUGUCGAAGCGGAAGAUGUCGAAGCGGAAGAUGUCGAAGCGGAAGAUGUCGAAGCGGAAGAUGUCGAAGCGGAAGAUGUCGAAGCGGAAGAUGUCGAAGCGGAAGAUGUCGAAGCGGAAGAUGCCGAUAUAGAAGAUAUUGAGGCGGAAGAUGUCGAGACGGAAGAUGUCGAAGCCGAAGAUACCGAUAUAGAAGAUAUUGAGGCGGAAGACGUCGAGGCGGAAGAUGUCGAGGCGGAAGAUACCAAGGCGGAAGAUGUCGAAGCUGAAGAUGCCCAACAGAAAGAUAUCCAGCAUGAGGAUGGCAAUAUCCAAGGUGAGAAAGUGGAGCGGCAGAGUAACCGGUGGACUACGAGAAUGCGAAACUAUCUCUCCGGUAUGGGCCCUUCUAACGGAUCGUCUAAGGAAGCUGUGGGAUCUCAAGUUUUAGGAGAGAGUGCAGAGGAUGAAGAGGAUGAAGAGCUCCAGAAAAGCUUCAAGACAAGUAAGUGA